AUGGCCACGGCCGAGCAAUUUGAGGCCGAGAAACCUAAGCAUGACGAAUGGAUACACGUUAAAUCCAAGUCCCGGUCCCGGCGGAGCGCCCCCAAGCCACCUGUCAAGGGUCCUGGUGCAAUCUCCAAGCCUGCUGAACCCCGCAGCCACAAGUCCGUCAUCGACAUAACGGCCGAGUACCACUCCUUCAAGUCCAAGUGGCGCGAAACAAUAUGCUGCCUUAGUCUGAAGAAGCUGGUGAGGGACAAUUUCGAAGGCCAUCGGAGAGUCCGUAAGGCGGUGUGUCUCGGUGUGGGCACAUUUGAUCCUGAGGACGGAGGCUGGGACGCAAAGAGGAGGAGUUAUAUCCAGCUCGACGCCUUUUUGACCGUAGUCGAGGUUUUAUCCGAACUGUACAAAGAGUCGAUACCGUGCUUAUUCCAGGAACCUCGCUUCACUCUCAAUGACGAAGCAUUUCUUACCAGCCUUGGUCAUGAGGUCGUCGAGUCCCCUGCCGCCUUCGAGGCCGUGGAUGAAGAGACGAUUGUGUUCGCGGUACACAUGUAUCGGCCAAUAUAUGAGGCGACGCUCGGGAAGGCAGUGCCUGCCAUGUUUGUCGGGACAGGAUGGGACGUUUGGGAUGAGUGCGUAAAGGUACUACUCCAUGGCCGCCCAAUGCUUAUUGACAUUUUGCCAGAUUCGCCUUGA